UGCUAGACAUGGAAGAAGCAGAGAGCCAGCAGUCAGUUGCCGUAACUGUUUGCUCUUGCCAGGAGAGAUAGGUUAACUUGACUGCUAGCGGACAUGGCGUCCGGUCAUCGUGCAGAUUUGUCGUGGAAGUCACCUCCUGAGCAAAAUUGCCUUAUGCCGAAUGGCGGGGAAAUCGCGUCAUUGGAAGUGAGCAUCAAUUCCUCGUCUCAGAAUGACCGCAGUUGCACCUUUAACGUGCCUCAUGAGAUCGGCUGCUACUCAGUGCGAGGCGAAAAGCGCGAAUACAUCAAUGGUCCCGACAACAAAAGGUACCUCCGUUCUGAUAUAUUGUGGAAGGGAAACAAAUGGUACCAGCCCGACAUGAACCUGAAAAACAGCCAAGAACAUGCAGUGCGAAGAGAUUGGACAAAGAGCGCUUCAUUAGAAAACCUACUUCAUUGGGUUUGUCGCAACAGAGACAACGUGAUGCCGUCUUCUGCCGACGAUACACAAAGAGUACACCCCGAUUUCAUAUGCAGCCGUGACGUUUUGAAGAUGUUUGUCUGCACUCCUUUCUUGGCUAAAGAUGAGUGGCGAGUGGCAGCGCGUCGCAUCGAGGGCGUCGUGUACCUCCGAAACGUCCUCUCGUGCGAGGAGCGGGAACGACGUCAUUGUGCCAAAGACGAAAAGGCAAACUGGAGCAGCAGGUUCAGCGAGAACAUGGUCACACGCCAACCUAGCGUUCUUCACGAGAACAAUAACGUUGUCGACGAAACGCAAACGUACCAUGCAGUCCUCCGCGGCCAGCUGGGGACUCACAAGAUCAUCUUUGACGCCGAAGUGAUGGCAAUCGACGAUUCCCCGGAAAUUAAGAAGCCCGGCCUGAAUCCCUACGUGGAGUUCCGAACGUGCAUCGACUUUCACUGCUUUAAAAAUGGAGAAAAAUACCGCAGAUACAAAUCUCUCAAAUGGUGGGCACACGCCCGGCUGGCUGGUGUUUCAAGCCUAAUGUGCGGCUCUUGCAGCGAAAAUGGCACGGUGGACUACAUCGAGAAGCUGGAGGUCGCCGACAUUCCAAAAAUGACUCAGCAGCACUGGUCGGAAGAGAAGUGCAUGCAAAUCUGCGACAAGAUCCUCUCUUUCAUCAAGGAACAUGUCCAGGGUGAUGACAGCACGUACCUUUUCAAGCUCGCGUGGAAGAAGGAAGAAGGCCAAUCACCAAGUCGCAAAAUCGUAUGUCGUCUCCUUGGGAAUCCUCCAGCUAUUCAAGUGCUGCCGGACUGGUACCUGAAAUCUUUUGUAACUGGGAAAUCCCACAGGCAAUAUCCAGCCUGACGAUCUCUGGCCACAUCGGCGCUGCAUAGGGACACCUCCGAGAAGUGCUGUCCUUCAUCAUGGAUAUGUCUCGUG